AUGAUACUCUCCAGCUUCCGCAUCUUGGCCCUAACCGACGGAAAGGUAUAUUUGAUGCAACGUGUUCUUGCUGAUCGGAUCGGGUAUCCUGGUGAUGGUCUUUACUAUUUUGAUGGCGAGCCAUUUUCCGGAGUUUCCUAUACAACGAAGGGCGGCGCCUGGGAAAACUCGGAGGCCGAAAUCCACGACGGACUGCUUUGGGGUACGACAAAGGAAUGGUAUGGACCAGGACAACUGAUGCACGAGGCGAGCUAUUUCAAAGGGGUGUUGCACGGAAACGCUCGGGAAUGGCACAAGAGCGGGCAGCUUGCCGAGGACGGGGACUACGAGUACGGAAUUGCUCUUUGGAAGAAGAGUUGGGACGAGAAUGGCCAACUCAUCGAGGAAUUCACAUUGACGCAAGCCGAUGAAGACUUCACGGUGUUGCAACGCUAUCGUUCCAUCUAUGAGCCAGGUCAUUCUAAAGACGCUGGGCGAAAAAUUGGGCGAAAAACCUAA